GACGUAUUGUAUCAUGCUGCUGCUGUACAGCGGUGUUUAUCUUCUCCUAGCAGGAGGCGGAGUGUUUCACUGUCUGAGAGACCGUCAGAUGUUCGGUGUGUGUGUGUGUGUGUGUGUGUGUAAUUUUGGGGUAGAGUUUCUCUCUUUGUAUUUUGUGCGCUCUGUGAGGAAGUGCAGCUCUGUCUCAGUUGUGUUUUGGGUGCAGUGUAGCAAUGCUCUACCUUUCUUCCUGUGAGAGCCAUGUUCUCCUGCGUCUGCCUGUUUCUAGCACGAGCUCGUGUUCACUGAGUCUCUACCUUCUCAAGUGUGAUGAUUGGCUGUUGGUGUGUCAGAGGGAGGAGCCUGGAUCUUUAAAAGUGCUGAACUCUUCAGUAGUUCAGUAGAGCAAACAGAGCUGCACGACACACACGUGAGGAACCUGAGACGUUCAGCAGCAUGACCGGGUUUGUGCGCUCGUUGAUGCGUUUCCUGAUGAUGAUGAUGAUGAUGAUGAUGAUGAUGGAAUCUGAGGCGACGUACGGACCGUACGGAUUUAUCCAGGACAGACCUGCAGCGAGACAGAGACCACCGACCUACAGCAGACCUGCUCAUGGAAACAACAUCAACUAUGGAGCUCGUGCCAUUAACCCCAGGUUUUACGGGAAUUUCCAUCAUCGGCCGCCUUGGAAGUGGCCCGUGUUCCCCCACCACCGACCCGUCUUUCUUGUCCAGCCUCCAGUUGUGCCGGUGGUGCCUCCAAAGCUAAUGCUAACCAAGCUGUGCGUCACAGUGCCACCCAAAGUGCCCACUCCGACCGUAACCACUACUUCGGUCCCUCCUCCCACUUUACCCUCCACCACACCCACCACGAUGCCCACCACACUGCCGCUCAGUACCCUGAGUGCCACCACUUCCCCUGCUGCUCCUCCCACUCAUCCAGCUCCGGCGGAAGUGUGCAAGAGCCGCCCGCUGGACCUGGUGUUCAUCAUCGACAGCUCUCGCAGCGUUCGUCCUGCCGAGUUCGAGAAGGUCAAAGUGUUCCUCUCGGACAUGGUGGACUCGCUGGACGUUGGCGUCGAAGCCACGCGUGUCGGAUUGGUCAACUACGCCAGCACGGUCAACAUCGAGUUCCUCCUGAAGACGUACCCCAACAAAGCGGAUCUCAAACGUGCCUUCUCUCGGGUCGAGCCGCUCUCCACCGGCACCAUGACCGGCCUGGCCAUCAAAACAGCGAUGGAGCGCACGUUCACCGAGGAAUCCGGCGCCAGGCUGGCGAAUAAAAACAUCCCCAAGGUGGCCAUCAUCGUAACGGACGGGCGGCCGCAGGAUAAAGUGGAGGAGGUUUCGGCUUCAGCGAGGGCUGCUGGGAUCGAGAUCUACGCCGUCGGAGUGGACAGGGCCGACAUGAAUUCUCUGCAAGCGAUGGCGAGCCAGCCGCUGGACGAUCACGUGUUCUACGUGGAGACGUACGGCGUGAUCGAGAAACUCACGUCCAAGUUCAGGGAAACUCUCUGUGGUAUCGAUGCAUGUGCCCUCGGACACGACUGCGAGCACGAAUGCGUGAACAACUACAACUCUUACUACUGCAAGUGCAGAGAGGGAUAUGUGCUUAACUCGGACAAGAAAACAUGCUCACAAGCCAAGGAGGCUCGCGGUGAUUUGACGGAGGACGCGUGCAUGUGUGAAGCUCAGAUCGCGUUCCAGAAGAAAGUCCAUCACAGCAUUAAAGAGAUAAACGGCAAACAUAUCCUUUCACACAUCGCUGCCACGCGCGUGUUUAUUCACAAGUUCGUUUCACCGUCCCAGCCGUCAGACAAAAGCGUACGCAAUGUAGAACAUUUAUCGGUUCUUUGAUCAGGAAGUGUUCAAGUAGAACCUUUUCUAUAAGUACCAAUAGACUGAAUGUUAAACUCCUGACAGGUUCUAGAUGUUAAGAUGAAAAUAAUGAGCAGUAGUGUGGCGAUUCAUUGGAUAAUUGAGGUUCUUCGCUUCUUCUCAGAAGCCUUUCUGACAGUGAAACACUCCUUAAGAAGGAAAACUGCAAACACUUUCUAAUGAUUAAUUAAAAAUAAAUCUAAAGAAGCACACAUAGCUGUGUUAAUGAUGCGAGAUGAUGCGAGAUUGUAAGAUUUAGCAUCUUGUACGUGUCUUUGUGUCUUUGUGUUUAAUGUCUGUGCACUUGGUUUUAUGUUUAUUUAUAUCUGUGUUUUCCUUGACUGUUCACACUGGACGAUCUUUCGAGAAGAGUCGAUCAGUUCCAGCUGCGCUGAAUCCACACACACACACACACACGACGACGUUGUCCUUCGCUAACACGCAGCAACUCGCCGCUCUCUCGUAGCCGAGCCUCGUAACCGUUCCUCUUUCCUCUGCUGCUUUGCAUUUGUCUUUAAAAAAAAAGUGUGUUAAUCUUAACUAAAGUACAAUUACUGUUUACUCAAAGUAGCUUGAAGUCCAUCAUAUUAAAACUUAAAGACUCAUUAAUGCUUCUCUCCUUUUAUUUUGUAAAAAUAAAAGAUUUACAGAACCUUAUGAAGGUUUGUUUUUAUUUUGUUUUACGGUAAAAAAAAGGUUUUAUGUGUGUAAAUCUAACGUAUGGUGUUUCCUCUGUUUGCGAUUCUUUGUACAGAUUUUUAUUAGAUAAUAAAAAUGGC